UGACUCAUUCUGAGAGUAGCAACAGAUACAAACUGUGGCUGUGUUCCUUGAUUUGGCAAAGCACAUCUUCAUCAUUAGAUGGUCUCUGAAAUGAAGUAAGAUGGCUUUUAAGCAUCAGUGGGACAUGAUCAAAGUGUCUAGGGAAGGAUUACUGGACACGCGCUAUAGUACAAACGAUCAAAUCGCCCUUAAAAAUCUCCAGUCUGAUGUUACAGAGAGGAAGUUGGACUUCGCCAAGGAGACAUUGGCAUCACAAAACACAAAAAUGAUAUCACCUAUCAUCAUUUCCCAGCUGAUCGAUGAGAAGAAAUCGAUGGAAAAUGGAGCCUUGUUGCCUCUGCCACAAGCAAUCGUUCAACCUCAGCUGUGUCCCACGAAACCAGCUUCGGCCAGGCGCAGUGGCAUGAACAUGCACAGGCCAUUUGCUCCAGACAGAUUGGGAAUUCUGACUCCAUCAGACGAGCAAGGACUGGAGAUAGAACCACUGUCCACAGGAGACAACCUAGGCAGAGGCCCCCACAAAGGGUUCUCAUCUAUCACCAUUACUGCCAGACGUGUGGGCCCUCCAGCCAACUCCUUGGUAUGGGACACUGUUAGGGACCCACUGUGUCCCAAUUGCAGGGCCAAGGAUACUCUGCUCCAAGACGCCCCAGCUCUGGCCAAUGGUGUCCAUCUGUGUCAGCACAAUGGAACCUUCACCUGUACAGAGUUCCCUGGCAAUGGCUCCAUAGAAGGGCUAAAGGUUCCCCAGGCUCACACAAGGAUGUGUGCAAGGCAGGAGUACUGGGUUACGCACAUGGAUGACAAAGAGGACAGUUUUUCUUCAGACAGUUCACCAUCAAGAAAAGUCCCACUGAUGUUCAGUUCCUGUGUCCACCUCCGGGUGUCUCAGCACUGUCCCAGUGCCAUUUACUAUUUGGACAAGCCUCUUUCCGUCCCUCUUGAACAACCUCAAAUUGCUAGCCCCAAAAUGCACAGGUCUGUCCUGUCUCUCAGCCUCCGCUGUAGUUCCCACAGGUUAACAGCAGAUGGAGUAGACAGCACAGCUAAUGGAGAGCCAAUCAGCAGAGCCCUGCCCCAGGAGCUCUUGGAGGGAAAGCAGGAUCUCCUAGGUCCACAAUGGGGCCAGCCCCGGGAGGGUCAUUGGAAAGAGAAUCCAGCCUUGGUGCCAGCACAUUUGGGGAGUGGCACAUACCCUCGGACUGGCUCCCCUCCCCUGGAAAAUGUCAAAUUUGCAGAUGUGGGAAGGAACCAGGUUCCAAGAAGAAAGGAGAAAGGGGACUGUGCAGCAUGUCCCACCAGCAACCAUGCCAACCAACUCUCCAUCCAUAUUCCUGGCUGGAGUUACAGGGCAGAAACCAAAGUAUUUUCUGGAAACAGCAAGGAGCAGCAAGGAGAAGCACAAGUGACCCUUCCUCCUUCCCCAGUGGGACAGAAGCCCAUUAAACACUUCCCUCCUGACGGGGACAGUUCACCCAGCAAUGAUGGUCAGUCUAGCAUCUUUUCUGAGCCCCAAGAGAGACGGCACCCGUACUUCCUGACACCCAGAGUCCCUUUGUCUGGGUUUCUUUGCCCUGUACAAGCUGCAUGUGCCUCUCUGCAGGAGGAUGGUACAGUUCAGAUAGAAAAAGAGUUCCCCAAAGAUUACACAUGCUGCGACUUGGUUGUAAAACUAAAGGAAUACAAGAAGCAUGAGGACCACGUUGCCACCCCCGAGUCCUCACCAGCAAUGCCCUCUCCAACAAUGGCAGAGGGACCACAGAGCUCUGACCCAUUGGAAGAUAGUUCUGAGCCUCGGCAUCUGCUAGCGAGCUCCAUGACCUUGCAGGAAGCACUGGAAGUCCGUAGACCUCAGUUCAUCUCGCGCUCACAAGAACGGCUGCAAAAGCUUAAGCACAUGGUACAGCAAAGGAAAGCCCAGCAAAAGGAAAACCCAGGGCAGAAGCAGAGCCUACUUCCUGUUCGUGCCCACAAGAAGCAGUUCACCGUUCCCCAUCCUCUUAGUGAUAACUUGUUCAAACCCAAAGAAAGAUGCAUUUCAGAGAAGGAGAUGCAUAUGAGAUCUAAAAGAAUCUAUAAUAACUUGCCGGAAGUUAAAAAGAAAAAAGAAGAGCAAAAGAAAAGAGUGAUCUUACAGAGUAACAGACUCCGAGCUGAAGUCUUCAAAAAGCAAUUACUGGACCAGCUCCUUCAGAGGAAUGCAGUCUGAUCCCAGGUGGCCCUGCUAGCCACUGCCUGGAUCUGGGAAGACUUCUGAUGCUGGAUGAACCAUUAAACUUAACACUAUCUUCGCACGUGAAA